CGCGGCGCCGUGCGCAGUCUCACUUCCGGGGAAAAGAUGGCGGCCGCCGACAAGCAGAAACACGAAGGGCGGGUGAAGAUCGGCCACUACAUCCUAGGGGACACACUGGGCGUCGGCACCUUCGGCAAAGUGAAGGUUGGCAAACAUGAAUUGACUGGGCAUAAAGUUGCUGUGAAGAUACUUAAUCGACAGAAGAUUCGAAGCCUUGAUGUGGUAGGAAAAAUCCGCAGAGAGAUUCAGAACCUCAAGCUUUUCAGGCAUCCUCAUAUAAUUAAACUGUACCAGGUCAUCAGUACACCAUCUGAUAUUUUCAUGGUGAUGGAAUAUGUCUCAGGAGGAGAGCUAUUUGAUUAUAUCUGUAAAAAUGGAAGGCUGGAUGAAAAAGAAAGUCGCCGUCUAUUUCAGCAAAUCCUUUCUGGUGUGGAUUACUGUCACAGGCAUAUGGUGGUCCAUAGAGAUUUGAAACCUGAAAAUGUCCUGCUUGAUGCACACAUGAAUGCCAAGAUAGCUGAUUUUGGUCUUUCAAACAUGAUGUCAGAUGGUGAAUUUUUAAGAACAAGUUGUGGCUCACCCAAUUAUGCUGCACCAGAAGUAAUUUCAGGAAGAUUGUAUGCAGGCCCAGAGGUAGAUAUAUGGAGCAGUGGGGUUAUUCUCUAUGCUUUAUUAUGUGGAACCCUUCCAUUUGAUGAUGAUCAUGUGCCAACUCUUUUUAAGAAGAUAUGUGAUGGGAUUUUUUAUACCCCUCAGUAUUUAAAUCCUUCUGUGAUUAGCCUUCUGAAACACAUGCUGCAGGUGGAUCCCAUGAAGAGGGCCACAAUAAAAGAUAUCAGGGAACAUGAAUGGUUUAAACAGGACCUUCCAAAAUAUCUCUUUCCUGAGGAUCCAUCAUAUAGCUCAACCAUGAUUGAUGAUGAAGCCUUAAAAGAAGUGUGUGAAAAAUUUGAAUGUUCAGAAGAGGAGGUUCUCAGCUGCCUUUAUAACAGAAAUCACCAGGACCCUUUGGCAGUUGCCUACCACCUCAUAAUAGAUAACAGGAGAAUAAUGAAUGAAGCCAAAGAUUUCUACUUGGCAACAAGCCCACCUGAUUCUUUUCUUGAUGAUCAUCAUUUAACUCGCCCCCAUCCUGAAAGAGUACCAUUCUUGGUUGCUGAAAUGCCAAGAACACGCCAUACCCUUGAUGAAUUAAAUCCACAGAAAUCCAAGCACCAAGGUGUAAGGAAAGCAAAAUGGCAUUUGGGAAUUAGAAGUCAAAGUCGACCAAAUGACAUCAUGGCAGAAGUAUGUAGAGCAAUUAAACAGCUGGACUAUGAAUGGAAGGUUGUAAACCCGUAUUAUUUGCGUGUGCGAAGGAAGAAUCCUGUGACCAGCACAUACUCCAAAAUGAGUCUACAGUUGUACCAAGUGGAUAGCAGGACUUACUUACUGGAUUUCCGUAGUAUUGAUGAUGAAAUUACAGAAGCCAAAUCAGGGACCGCUACUCCACAGAGAUCCGGAUCAAUUAGCAACUAUCGAUCUUGCCAAAGGAAUGACUCAGAUACUGAGGCUCAAGGAAGAUCCUCAGAAGCGUCUCUUACCUCAUCUGUAACCUCACUUGAUUCUUCUCCUGUUGACCUAACUCCAAGGCCCGGAAGUCACACAAUAGAAUUUUUUGAAAUGUGUGCAAAUCUAAUUAAAAUUCUUGCACAGUAAACCUGAAACUUUGCUUAUUUCUUUGAUAGCAAUAAGCAUGCAUAAUAAAUAAUAGCCAAAUGCUUACAUGUGUAAUCAAGUUAUAGAUAUAUAUAUAAUUAUAGCUAAGGAUGGCCUUUUGGAAUGCAAUUUGCACAGGAAUUGAAACACAAUAAUUAAAAGCCUGGUGUGCAGAAAUAAAUUAAGAUCAUUUUGUUGUUAUUCAAUAAGCAUAUAGCAUAAUAUAAUAUAAACACAAUGAAUUAGGUCUCUCAGGCUCUCUUGAUUUUCGGCUAUUUUAUAUUUAGUGUAUACAGGGCUUUGUAGAAUAUUAAUUUACCGUAAAGGCCUUCAUACAUGUUGAUGUGUUCAAUAUUUGCUUUGUAAAUUUACUCAAUAAAUACUUGCCCAGAAUUCCCAUAGACCUUUAUAGGUAGUGUCUUCUGGGCUUAUUGAGUUUUAAAUAGCUAGUAUUUUCCAAUAAUAGUAACAGUCUGGAUAACUUCUUUGAUGUCCUCCUCUUAAAAUUCCAUCCUCUAUGGUAAGUUGUAACAGAUAUUAGACUCAAUUUAAAUUUUUUUUCUUUAGCUUGGUAAGUCCAAAAACACAGAAUAUGUAUGUUCACAUAAUCUCCACACUAAAUUUAUCUCACAAUUUGUCCCCCUAUACUCUGUAAAGUGUUCUAUUUCAAGAGCUGAGUUGCAUAUAAUGUAUAUAAGUCAUGUUUUGCUAAUUUCACAAAUUCUCCUGGCUUAUGAUAUCAGCCAGUAUUGAAUGUAUGCAAGCAUCUCUAGUCUUUUGAUGAUGGAGCUUUUAAAUUGAGUCAGUGCAUAGAAAGAACAUGUCUCAACAACUUUAAAUGCUUAGCUGGAACUCCAUCCCCAUUAUGAAUUUUUUUUAAAAAGAAAAAUUGAAAGACUGUAGAGUAAUCCUAUGUGUAUCUAUUAGAUUUCUUUAACAUUUUGCCAUAUUUGCUUUCUGUACCAGAUAUAUAUAAAGAUGUGUAGUUACACAUAUACAUUUGUGUGUAUAUAUAUAUAUUUUCUGAACUACUUAAGAUGUUAGGCAUAUUUAUCAUCCCUAACUGCUUAGAGUGUCUCCUAAAAGUAAUGAGUCUCCUAAGAAAACUACCGUAAGUCCAUUAUAAAUUUAGUAACUUCCAAUUAUCUGAUACUCAUUCUGUAUUUAGAUUUCCCCAUUUAUCCAAAUUGCUUUUAUAACCGAUUAUUUCAGUCCAGGAUCCAAUUAAAGUUUACACAUUGGCUUUUGUUAUAUAUCUUUAGUCAGUCAGAUAUAAUAUUAAUAUUAUUUUGGUAAAAUGUAGAACAAAUCAGUUCUUCUGAACGGCCAAAUUUGUUUUGUGUUUUAAUUAUUUUAAAAAAUUAGCAUUAUGGGAACUCUGUAAAGAUAUUUAAGAUCUCUUACAUAUUUUUUUUUAACUCUUAGUAAUAAAAUCACAUAAGUAUAAAUGAAGAUUUUUAAAGUCACCUCAGAUAAAAUUGAUAUCAUGUGUAUGCUGAUAAAUAAAUAUUGUAUCGUCCACAUUUGCCUAAUAUUAUUUUUUUUUUUAAUUUGAGACAGGGUCUCAGUAUGUGGUUCAGGCUGGCCUUGAACUGAAUGUAGUCCAGGCCGGCCUUGAACUUGUAGCAAUCCUCCUGCCUCAGCUUCACAAGUGCUGGGAUUACUGGCAUGUGCCACCACUUCUGGCUGCCUGUUAUUUUAACUUAAAGAAAUUGGAGUUGGGUAUGUAGCUCUAUGCUUGCCUACCGUACACAAGGCCCUGGGUUUUAUUCCCAGAACAGAAAAAAAAUUUUUUUUAUUUUUUUGGUGUGUGUUGCAAAAGAUCUAUCUUUUUAUUUUAAUUGUGAUAGGAUGUCUUGUCAAAUACAGGGAGCAUUUAGGUAACCAGAUAAUGGUAGCUGUCAUGGUAGCUUGCAUAAAUGGUUACUCAAGUUUAUGGUGACUCCAGUACCUCUAUACUCAUGCACUGAAUCUAACACAAAAAUUUUGACUUUUUGUCCAGGGUUUGUUCUAUUGAACUUUAGAUCCGAAUGAUGUAUAAAGUAGCAGAUGUUCCAUUUACAUAUGAGCAGAAGACUGUAUAACUGUGUGGCUCCCCCGAUGGGGAUAUUGGUUUCAUUUAGGCUCUCUAAAUGCAGCAUUAUGUUGUUCUGUUGUCAAGAACAGAAGACUGUAUUUUUAAAGUUAAAGAUCUGUACAUAGAACUAAAUAACUGUCUCUAUGAACUGUUCUGUGGGGUUGGACAAAAGAACCAAUUAACUAGGACCCUCUAAAAUUGUUAAUUUUUUAAACUUUGCUUCUUUUAUAAGUUAUUGUGAUUGUUUUUAGUUACUGUUUUAUUUUGAAAGUAUUCAAAUAUUGCACUUGUACAAACAGUAUGAUAAUUGCAGACUUGCAGUAAAUUCUUUUUUAAGCUAGGAUAUUUGAAAUGACAACUUUUGGUCAAGUAUGUCAAGGUUGCAACAGAAUUUUCACAAAUUGUAAUUUGCAAAUUCUUACUAAUACUGAAGAUGUAAGGGGAAUCAAUACAAUGAUUUUUAAUCUUUUUUAUUAUCUUUUUCAGCAAUUUAUAUUUUUUGUGAUAUUAUGCAACCAUAUUUUUACUUUGUCUUGACAACUGAAAGAUGUAUAAGGUUUUUGCCAGAAAUGUACUGUAUACAUAGUUUUAAAUAUAACAGAUUUUACUGAAAUGUAAAAAUUUUGCCAUUAAAAUUGAUUUCUCAUGGAGAGGAAUUUUUCUACCAGGUUGGGGUAUAUGGGAGUUUAAUAUAUCAUAUCUAAUUUAAAAUAAUUUCACUGAAACAUCAUUGCUUUUACUUUGAUUAUAUUUUUUUAAAAAAUGCUUUUGUAGUUUUUUCAGAGUUUUAGAUAAUUUUAUAUGAAAUCCUUCCCUUACCCCCUACCCCACCCCCCACUAGUUGUGCUGCUUUUGAUUUUGUGGUGAUACUUUUCACAAUUAAUGCAUUGUGGGCUGUGGCUAGAUGUGGCUCCAUGCAUCUGUGUUCCAAGUGACACCUUUGGAAUGAAAGAAAAAUGUGUGGUGUCUAAAAAUUUUUUUCUUAACUUCUCUAAUUCUCCCCCAAAAUAUAAAUCUCACUUUCAUGGUGAGUUCUCCUGACAAGAUGAGAUUCCACAUACAGUGAAACUGUAAAUUGGUGAUAGAGUAGAAAUCAAUCAUUAUGGUUUAUGUAUGUUUUGAUGAGUAUACAAUUUUAAGUACCUUAAUUUAGAAAGACAACAUAAUAAAAACUUCAUUUCUCA